AUGGAGUAUUUGGUUGUGCUUGCCCAAUGUCAUGAGACAUUUCGACAAGCGGAGCUCCAGGCCCUCGCUACGCUGCACGGCAUCGACCUCGAAAUUAUUGCCUACAACGAAUGGACACCGCACUGUAUCGUGAGGCUGAAAGAUGAUACAGCGGCCCGCGCGUUGAUCUCGCGGAGUAUCCUGGCCAAAGACAUCCUGGAGCUUUGGGGCCAGGGCGCCACCUAUGAAGAAUUACACGCCGACGUCCAUCGGCGAACGCAGCACCGGUGGGCCGACUACCGCCAUGUGGCGUAUUCACUUAGUGUCGACUGCUUCUCGGGCAAGCGAAGUACGGCCAAGAAAAGGGAAAUCUUCGAAUCGUUUACCUACCUGCAGCUUAAAGGCCCGGUCCGCCUAAAGAAUCCGGACGAGCAAUUCCGGGUGGCGGAGGAAUACGUCACAGACGUGGAAGCGUGUGCCAUCAAGACCAAGAAGUCAUCAGAGCCACGCAGGAUAUACCUGGGACGCUGGAUUGCGAAAGGCUCGCGGGAUGUCGUCGACACCCACAAUCUCAAGAAACGCAAGUACAUUAGCACUACGUCCAUGGAUGCAGAGUUGUCUUUAGUGACGGCGAAUAUGGCCCUUGCAGCCCCAGGAAAGGUGUUCUAUGACCCUUUCGUGGGCGCUGGGAGCUUUCUAGUGGCCGCCUCGCACUUCGGUGCGUUGACGAUGGGCUCGGAUAUCGACCCACGAGCCUUCCGUGGUAAAGAACACGAGCGCCAGAAUGGAAUAGCGAUGAUGCAGAAUUUCCAGCAGUACAAUCUGACGAGCAAGUUCUUGGACGCAUUCACGUCAGAUCUCACAAACACACCCCUGCGAGAGACUGCGUUUCUGGAUGGUAUCAUCUGUGAUCCUCCUUACGGUGUUCGCGAAGGUCUUCGGGUCCUGGGAACGCGGGAUGGAAAUCCCAUCCCACCGGUUAUCAUCGACGGAGUCCUUGCCCACUACCGAGAGGGUUUCAUCCCCCCCAAGCGACCGUACGGUUUCGAAGCCUUGCAGAGAGAUGUCCUCGACUUUGCAGUCCGCACUCUCGUCCCCCAUGGACGGCUAGCCAUGUGGAUGCCUACCGCGAGUGACGAGGCUGUGGAGUUCCCCGUGCCCAUGCACCCAAAUCUAGAAGUAGUCAGCGUUUGUGUUCAGCCGUUCAGCAACUGGUCUCGCCGAUUGAUGAUUUACCGUCGUCUGCCGGAAGGACAGACAUCCGAUGUCACACUUGGAAGAAUCAAGGCCGACGGCGAGGGUGUUUCUGCUGACGACCUGAAUGCGUUCCGGGUCAAAUAUAAUACCAGAAAUAUCCUCCGAGCGGAGCAGGAGAAAGCCACACAAAACAAGGGGGAUACCCCUGAACAUGAAUGA